CGGCAAGAAACGCCCGCAAAGCUUGCAAGCGCCGGCGAUUGCUAGUGUCUUACAGGCCGCUAGCGACAUUUUAAUUACUCCACGUGUACGAAGUUGAUCGUCGGCUUCCCUCCUUCCAGAAUGUUCCGAGCGAUCGAAUCGAUCGUCGCGAACGAGGCCGCGUCGCCCGGGUCGACGGCCGCGAAGACCGCGUAGCCACCAUAAGCGCUGUCCAAAUGGCUAUUCUCCUUCAGGUUGAUGAACCAGUCCGAGUUGCCAGCGUCCGGCACGUCCCAGUGCCCGAAGGCCGCCGUGCCGCGGACGUUCGAGAGGACCACGUCCGUAUGGGUUUCGUUGACCGGAAUCGGCUUCAUCGGGUUUGGUACGGAUGAGCCGUCGGCGCGCUGCAGCCCGCCCUGAAUAACAAAAUCACUCCUAUAGAAGCAGCAUCCAUCAAACAGCGGUGCGAGCUUGCAAAAGUGCUCUACUGUCUUGGGCGCCGCGUCCGGCCGCAGCUUGAGCGUGAUCUGUCCAAAAGUUGUUGAUACCUUGACUGUGGACAUGAUUAUCUUGCGUAAUCGAUGCCUUUUGGCCGCGCUUGGCUGCGGAAUCGAUUUUUUUGCCAGCGCGCCGAGCUAGCGGCCUGUAACAUACUAGCAACAACAGCAAAAAGCCAAAAAGCUGCAAUUCGUAGGCGCACAGCGCUGCUCAGCGCUGUGCUAUCGUCUGACACAGUUCACGCUUCGAGCUGCAGCCGCUUACCCGGCUCGAAACGCCCAUCAGUAGCCUACAAAAGAGCUCCUGACAGCACAGCCUCUGCACGCCGCCGCAGCGAUGACGAGCAUUGACGAGGCCGCCGCAGCGACGGCCAGCAUGGACGCCGCAGCCGCAGCGACGGCCAGCAAUGAAGACGACACCGCAGAGGCGGCCAGCGACGAGCUACCAUCCGAACUCGCCGCGUGGUACGGCGAGCAGGGAUUACAAAUAGCCCGGGUCGCGGACCUCGCCCCGCGGUACCGCUACGCGCGCGUGAAGGACGCGAGCGAAACGGACGCGAUACGCAGCACGCUCGACGCCGAGCCCGUGGCGUGGCUGCCCGGCUUCCUGCGCAUGCCGGCGGCGCGGCGUUUGAAGGGAAGCGCGCCGUACGAGGACCGCCGGGUCUUCGCCAUGGACGCGGCGUCGGGCUACGCGGCGCGCGCGCUCGGUUGUAAUGAGGGCGACCGCGUCCUCGACCUCUGCUGCGCGCCGGGCGCGAAGCUGUUGUGUCUCGCCGAGGCCGUGGGUGUGAACGGUGCCGUCGACGGCGUCGACGUCUCCGAGAAGCGCCUCAGCGUCGCGCGCAAAUUAUUAGAUGCGCACCACGACCCGGCAGGCGCGGCGCGCGUUCGCCUAUACAGGAGCGACGGCCGGCGCUUCCCCGACGAGCGGGAGUUGUUGUAUGACUCGCGUGCGGCCGAUUCGUUCGAACAGCGCGGCGCCAGAAAGCGCCUGAACAAGUCCGCGCGGCAGCGCGAGGCGAAGCGCCUGAAAGCCCUUCCCGAGGAGGACUGUGCAGAAGCCUACGACCGCGUGCUAGUGGACGCCGACUGCACGACCGACGGCUCGCACGCGCACGUCCAGAAGAUGGUCGAGAAGGGCACGGCCGUCGACAACGUCUCCGCCGAACGGUGUUCGUCGCUGCUAGAGCUGCAGGCUGCUUUAUUACGGAACGGCUUCGGGAGAUUAAGAAGAGGCGGCGUUUUGGUCUACGGGACGUGCUCGCUGACGAAAGCGCAGAACGAAGAUGUUGUAGAGGCCUUUCUACGGGACGAGCCGGCGGCGCGGCUUAUGUCUCUAGAAGUGCCGCCAGUCGCCGUCGCGGGUUCAAUCCCGGGCACGGUGCGCUUCCCGGCGGGCGGCGAGACGUCGGGGCUCUUCGUGGCGCGCCUCGAGAAGACUCCUAAUGUUGUUGUUACCUAG